AUGUCUCUCAAACGAAAGAGAGGAAUCGAUGAAAUCAUCGACUCCCGGGUUGUCACUUUCAUCAUUGGCAAAGGCGACUCGAAGCGCGAGUUCUGUGUCCAUGAAGGAGCUUUUGCCUGCCUUUCGGCGCCUCUUCAAGCCUUGCUUACUGGCGGUAUGAAAGAGGCCCUCGAGGGCAAGAUCAUUUGGGACGAUAUCGAACCUACAACCUUCCGCCUUCUUUUGGAAUAUGCAUACACUGGUUCCUACCCUAUACCCUACCCCGGAAAAAGGAACGACGACGAGCGCGGUUCAAAGAAAGAUGGAGACACUAGAGAAGACAUCGAAGAGGAUCGCUCACUACGACUAUGGAUCAAGAAUUCAGCAGAGGAAGACAACGAACGCCACGCAGUAUUGGAAUUUUGCGAGGAGCACUUCUCCAAAUAUGUAGUCAGUGAAGUGACUCCAGCAAACAGGGUCCAUUCGGCCCGGAAGCCUGGAUUUGAGGUACUGGAUUCAACAAUCAUUGUCGAAUUGGAUCACCUCUUGAAGCCAUCACAACUCUACAUUCUCGCCGACAGAUAUCUCAUCGAUGACCUCAAGGAAUCAUGCCUCAACGAUAUUGGCCGAAAGCUGUGCAACGCAGAUGGAGACCGCACGCUAAUGGCACACGUGUGCUCCGUACUUCGCUUCCUACAUGCGCAGACAUUACCACAGGACAAACUUCGGAAGCUAUUUUUACGAUUCCUCAUUGCAGACAUGAGAUAUGCAAUGGCAUCUGGAGGUGAAGACCUGAUCCGCGACUUUGCGGACUACGCUGUGGAACUACUACUUGAAAUCCCCUACACCUACUGGAAAGAACUUCAGGAUGUGUGA